AAAAGCAUCACGUUACUUAUUUUCACGAGGAUGAUGAUCGAUAUCCCACAUGCCUCAGACAAUUAGUAUUGCUAUUCGAAGCUUCAACUUUCCUUUCUGGUCACAGUCCCACACGGUUUAAGGUCACACUCUCUAUGAGAAGUCAAAUUAUGUUUUCCCAGCUUUUCUUGAUCCUGCUACUCUCCAUCUGCUGUAGAAUGAGUUAUGUAGUGGCCGCAGCUAAUUCCAGCAAAUGUCUUCAGGAUCAGAAGGUGUUGCUGCUGCAGUUCAAAAAUAAUCUUACUUAUGAUUCUGAAGUAUCCACCAAGCUGGUUAAGUGGAAUCAGAGGAUUGACUGCUGUCAAUGGCAGGGCAUCACCUGCAAUGAUGCAGGGCAAGUUAUUGGUCUUGACCUUAGCUAUGAAUCGUUCUCCGGCAGUAUCAACCAGUUAGCAAAUCUUAAGUUUCUCUCUGUUAUCCGUCUUGAUGUGAACAAUUUAUCUGCUCCAAUUCCAGACUUCUUUUUAGACUUCUCCAAUCUAACUGUCUUGAGUCUAUAUUCCUGCAACUUGAUAGGAGAAGUGCCUCAGAAGAUAUUCCAGGUAUCAACUCUGCAGACUAUUAACUUAUCACAAAAUGAACUUUGGGGUUCUUUACCUGAAUUUCCUUCAAAUGGAUCUCUACACACUCUGGAUCUGAGCUAUACAGGAUUCUCAGGAAGUAUUCCCACGUCCAUCGAGAACCUUACGAUGUUGUCGCAUGUUGACCUUAGGUUAUGUAAUUUUACAGGUUCAAUUCCAUCUUCUAUGGAAAAUCUAACCCAGCUUUCUUAUCUGGAUUUCAACUGGAAUAGCUUCACCGGUUCUUUUCCAACUUUUAAGCUGUCCAAGAACCUCACCUAUAUAACUGCUGCUGGGAAUAAUUUGACAGGAAUAUCAUCGGACUGGGAAGGCCAUGAGAAUCUUGAGUAUCUUGACUUGAGUAAUAAUUCACUUUCUGGGCUCAUUCCAUCAUCGUUCUUUCACCUACCCUCACUUGUGAGUUUAUAUCUGGCCAACAACAAAUUUUCUGGGCAAAUAACUGAAUUACAAAAUGUAACUUCUCCACUAGUAACUCUUGACUUGAGUGCCAACAAAUUGGAAGGGCCAAUACCUGAGUUUUUCUUUGAGCUACACGAUCUCGGAACUCUUGCACUUUCAUCCAACAAUUUCAGUGGAACUGUGCACUUGAAGAAGUUUACAAAGCUCAAUAACCUUGGAAGCCUUGAUCUAUCCCACAACAGCUUAUCAAUUGACACAAAUAUAAGUGAAUCAGACUUUGCCUUGCUCCCCCAGCUUGGUGGUUUAUUCUUGGUGUCGUGCCACCUGCAGAAUAUCUCCUUCCUCAAGAACCAAUCCAGCUUGCAGAUGCUAGAUCUCUCAAGCAGCCAACUUACUGGUGAAAUACCAAACUGGUUGUGGGAAAUCAAUGAUGGAAAUCUACGUUUUCUGAAUCUUUCUGGCAAUCAAUUCACGCAUUUUCAAGAGCCUUAUAGAUUUGGCAUUCUAGAUUUCCUUGAUCUGCAUUCAAAUAUGCUCACUGGAAAUAUUCCACUACCACCAAUAGCAGCUAAAUACGUGGACUUCUCCAACAAUAACUUUGCUACUUUGAUGCCGCCUGACUUUGGCAAUUAUCUUGAAAUUGCUUGGUUCUUCUCAAUUGCAAACAACAAAGUUAUUGGCAAUAUCCCUUCUUCAAUCUGCAAGGACAGCUAUCUUGAAGUACUUGAUUUGUCUAACAAUAGAUUGAAUGGCACAAUACCACCAUGUUUGGCAGAAACGAGCAGCACACUGAAAGUAUUGAACCUGGGAAAAAACAAACUUGCAGGAAAUAUACCACGAAAUUUUUCUCAUAACUGUCAGUUACAAAGCCUUGAUCUCAGUCAGAAUCUCUUAUCAGGUCAGCUUCCUCGUUCUUUGUCCAACUGCACAAAUCUAAAGCUAAUGAAUCUGGGAAACAACAAGAUCAGGGAUACCUUCCCCUGCUGGUUGAGGAACUUAUCCAAUUUGCACGUACUUGCAUUACGCUUCAAUCGUUUCCAUGGGAACAUUGAUUGCUCUGGAAUGAGUUCCAACUGGACAGCUCUUCAAAUCAUUGACCUAGCUUCCAAUAAUUUAAGGGGCAUUCUAUCCCGAAAUUCAUUCUUGGAGCUAAAUGCAAUGACUGCUGAUCCAGCUAUAGCCCAUUCACGCUUUGAUCACUUGCAUUUUGAGUCUGUAUCUGUUAGGCCAAUUUACUAUCAGGAUACAGUCGGUCUUUUUCUUAAAGGACAAAACAUGACAUUGGCAAAGAUCCCCGUCUUCUUCACCUCCAUUGAUUUUUCAAGUAACAAUUUUGUGGGGGACAUAUCAGAGACAGUUGGAGAUCUCAAAUCACUUUAUCUUCUCAAUAUUUCACACAACAAUCUCACAGGUCAAAUCUCUCCAGCAUUUGGAAAUCUGAAGCAAUUGGGAUCACUGGACCUGUCAUUCAACAAGUUAGAUGGAAAUAUCCCAGAAAAGCUUGCUAGCCUCACAUUUCUUUCCUUCUUAAAUUUAUCAUAUAAUGAACUGGUUGGAGUGAUACCACGAAGUACCCAAUUUGAUACCUUUGCGGAAAGUUUCAGAGGAAACAAGGGGCUAUGCGGGUUUCAGCUGAAUAGAACUUGCAAAAAUAUUUCAGCAGUAGCACCUUCAGAGCCAGAAUUUGAGGAGGAGAAUUUAAUUUCAAGGACGGAGAUUUAUGUAAGCAUUAUGUUAGGAUUUGCUGUUGGCAUUGGGAUCAUCUUUCUACCACUUUUGUUCUCUAAAAGAUGGAACCAGUCGUACAACAAACUAGUUGACAGAUGGAUUUUAAGGAUAUUUGAGCAACGAGAUCAUGAUGGGAUAACGAGUAAGAGCAUUAGCGAACCAUCUUGGAAGAAGACGGAAAUCAACAGGUAGUCAUUAGGUUCACGAAAUGAUUGCAGAGAAAGGUUUAUGUUUCUUAUUCUAUUGGACUCUGUAUGGCAAGAUAACAGUUUUGAGCUGAAGUCCUUCCUAUUUUUUUGAAGCAAUUGCAGUCCUUUUUUGCCAGAAUAAAGAAACAGUCCUUGUACAUUCCUCCAUCUUGUAAUACUUCAGUAUAUAAUUGUUUCCACUGUGAGUUAUCAGUGUUUCGUAAUUGCUGGUCCAUUCAUUUUGAUUGCUACUUAUUAGAUAGCAAAGUAGUUUGUCAACCCAUAAGAUAAAAGUUUAAAUUUAAAAAGACGCAAUCUUGCUUUCUACUUUGUAAUUGUAGGAAACAUCAGUGCAUAGUCAUAACGAACCUGAUAACUACUAUACUGACUUAAUCAAAGUAAAACCGGCACCAGCACGUUCUUCCCCUGAAAGUGAAUGAUUUGUAGAAAAAUCCAUCUAAAUAAACAGUUUAAAACUUUUAUUGCAGCAAGUAGAGAAAGAAUGUCCUAAUGGAUAUUCAUGUAACGCUCUCAAAAAGUAAAUCAAAGCAUAGCAUUGUCAGAAGCCAAAAAAGAAAAUAAUAUUACCUCAGGUCAACUUCGAAGAAGCAUUUCCACAACCACCUGCUCAGCACUAGGCAGGUGAGAGUUGUAUUUAUGCUACAAGAGUUAGAAUUGAGCUUUUAGAAUAUGGUCUCAUUAUUAGUAGGAGUAUUUUUCUCUUUACUUAAUAUCCAGGUCAAGUCAAACUGGGUUGGCAUUGUUGGAUCUAUCGAACAACCAAAUCAGAGGUGAAAUACCAAGCUGGAUAUGGGAACUUUUCACAGAGAGAGCCAUUCAGUGAAUCUAUCUCAUAAUCAAUUCUCACAUUUACAAGCACCCUUUAGAGUUGGCUUUCUAAAUUCCUUUGAUAUUCAUGCAAACCUGCUUACCGGUGAAGUCCCAUUACCAUCACCUACAGCACUAUAUGUGGACUUGUCUAGCAAUAAAUUUGAUGGUUUUAUCUCACCUGAUUUCAGCAAUCACCUCUCAAAUGCCUUCUUCAAUAUGCAGUGCGACCUAUCUUGAAGUACUUGACUUGUCCAGCAAUAGUUUGAGCGGCAGUAUACCAUCAUGCUUAGCUAAACAAAGCCUGACAGUACUGAACCUUGGAGGAAACAAUCUCAGAAGUAAUAUGCCUGGAAACUUUUCAGAGGAGUGUCGCUUGGAGACAAUAGAUCUAAGCCAUAAUCUCUUGGAAGGGAAGAUUUCUCGGUCUUUAUCCAAUUGCAGCAAUCUAAAGGUGUUAAAAGUGGGGAGCAACAAGAUAAGUGAUUCCUUUUCCUGUUGGUUGAGAAGGUUGUCAAAUCUCCAUGUACUUGUGUUACGCUUCAAUAAUUUCAAUGGCAACAUUGAUUGCUCUGGAGUCAAUUAUACCUGGCCUGCUCUCCAAAUCAUUGACCUAGCUUCCAAUAAUUUUAGUGGCAUUCUGCCAAGAAAUUUAUUCUUGGAGCUGGAAGCUAUGAAGAUUGACUCAGCGAUAUCACGAGUUGAUCACCUGUAUGCUGCCAAUAGAGUUUUUUGGAGAUGAUUCAAGCGCACAAGUAGAGAUUUACUAUCAGGAUACAGUCACUCUUACUCUUAAGGGACAAGAAAUGUCCGUGCCAAAGAUUUGGUUUACCUUCAACUCAAUUGACUUUUCGAACAAUAGUUUUGUUGGAGGAAUCCCUGAGACAGUCGGAGAACUUAAAUCUCUUUAUCUUCUAAACUUAUCGCACAAUGCUCUCACUGGCCAAAUCCCACCUGCAAUUGGAAAUUUGAAGCAAUUGGGGUCGCUAGACCUUUCAUUCAAUAAGUUAAGGCACGUCCCAGAGAAGCUCUGAGGCAUCCCACAUCUUUCAUUCUUAAAUUUAUCAUACAAUGAACUUGUUGGAAUGAUGAAUUCAAACCUUUGAUGAUAAAUCAUUCAUGGGAAACAAGGGCGGCUUCCCAAUGAACAAAGCUUGCAAUAUAUAAGGACAGAGAAGAAGCAUCUGUGCAGCCAGCAUCUGAAGACGAGCAAAUGUUUAAUAAGGCCGACAUCUAUGUACCCGCUGCAUUAGGUAUGACAAUCAUAUUUCUACCACUCUUGGUUUCAAAAGGACGGAGAGAAGGUUACAACAAGUUGGUUAAUGGACUAAUUUUCCGCGUAUUUAGCAAGGUUGAUGUAAAGAAAAGACGCACUACUAGCAUUAGCGAACUAUAUUGGAAGAAGAAAGCAGGGAAAUCUCACACCCAAAUUCCAAGUUCAAGAAAAUGAUUAAAGGCUUUCAGGUCGUUUUAUAUCAUACAAUAUCUCAUUACAUGUAGCUGAAUGGACGCAUUUCCAUUGGCCGCUACGGCGACCAUGGAAUGCCUGACUAUUUCAUUCCCAAUUAGAUUAAUUGCAAGUGAACAUUGCUUCCCCGUUAUUUAUAGUAGUACUUUUUGUUUGUUGCUGGCUAGAUCAGUAAAUUCUUGAUAAAAAACGAUAGUAUAUAAAACCUAUAAAGCAGCUUUUCAGAAAAGUGCAAUGUGCUAAUUGAAAUGCAUCAUAGUUAUCGCGAAGCAUGUCAUUUAUCUUAAGCUGGCAAGGGCAUUCUUUCGUUACCAGAAAGUUGUGCUCAGGCAUUUCGACAGACGUCUGGUGAGCACAGGUGACAAAAAUUUCCACUCAUACUUGUCAGGUCCAUGUUAAGUGAAUUCAUGAUCCAAAGAAGUCCUUUAUAGUAAUAGAUCACAAUUCACAGAGAAUUUAGAUUCUGGGAAUAAGAAUCCAACCCAAAAUGUUACUCCAUUUUCUUUAUUGGAAUAAGGAGUUGAGCUGCGGUUCAAUAAGUGAAAAAAGUACGUAGUAAAGCAUUCUAUUAAUGAGACAAGUGAAUUUAAGAUAUCUAACAUUUUGGAUACUAAAUUGAAAGCUAAACCUACAUUUUUGUCAUACACCUUAGGGGAAAAAAUUAAAAUAUUUACAUGCAAAACGACUUUAUUUUUUAACUUUGUGAUAAACUUAGUAUUUUUGAAUGGUUCCGAGAAUUAAUACACGCCUUAAACCUAAUAAAUGAUUCCAGGUUACUAUUUGGUGUCACUAGAGUAUCAGAUUGAAUUAAGAUCUUGAAACAAAAUUUAGUAGCAUACUUGAUA